AUGCUUGAUACCUCAAUUUCGCCUCGAAUCAUCGAUCUUUUCCCUAAUGACUCUCAGAAGCCCAUCGUGUCUGCAUUUCUCUUCUCGAAGGAGCACUCGCAUGUUGCAAAAAUGUUCUGGCAGCAUACAGGAGAAGGUAUAUCUAGUCGGCGCGCUGAGUAUUGCUCGAAAGCCUUCUACGAAGGUCGUUUAAGCGCGACCCGAACGCUCAAUCGACAGAACGCAACCAAGGUGGGCUCCACCAUAUUAUGUAAAGGGCCAAGACGGUAUCAGAAGCACAACUCGAUGGAUACUACUUUGUCGUGUGAAGCGAUAGACCAACCAGGUGAGGUUCCAAAUCAACCUCGUGACCAUGCACAAUUCGUCGAGGAGCGUUUUGGCAGGAAUCUCGACAAGUCGCUUUCAGACAGCGCGAAGCUGGCCAUACGUAGACGUAUAGCAGGUGCUCUCACAGCUAAUGUUGAUCUUUCUGAAGCCUUAAGGCUUUCCCAUCCUCCAACUAGAACUGCUAGCGUCGAUGGAUUUUCAGAGGAUGAUGUGUACCUAUAUUCCUGUGGCAUGAAUGCUAUUUUCCACGCGCAUAAUAUGAUGAUGGCUUGUAAGGGCAACUUAAAAAGUGUUAGCUAUGGCUUUCCUUACACAGAUACACUCAAGAUCCUAGAGAAAUUUGGGCCCGGUUGUCAAUUCUACGGCUAUGGAUCAGAUGAGGAACUCGAUGAUUUAGAGAAGCGAUGCGAGGCUGGGGAGCGAUUCCUCGCAGUCUUUUGCGAAUUUCCAGGAAAUCCUCUGCUGCAGACGCCAAAUCUUCCACGGAUUCGCUCCCUCGCCAACCACUAUGGCUUUGCAGUUGUUGUCGAUGAAACAAUCGGUAAUUUUUUCAACGUACACGUCCUUCCUUACGCGGAUAUUGUUGUCAGUAGCCUCACAAAAGUAUUCACAGGAGAGUGUAAUGUGAUGGGUGGCAGUAUGGUACUCAAUCCAAGGCAACAGUAUUACAGCAGACUCAAGCGAAUACUCAACCUAAGCUACGAGGAUAAUUACUGGCCUGAAGACGCGAUAUUCAUGGAACGAAACAGUCGUGACUUUGUGACACGGAUAAAAAGGAUCAAUGAAAAUGCGGAGGCAAUAUGUGAUGCUCUAAUUGCAUCACCACACGGCACGGUUGCCUCCAGCCAUAGAAUGCGUAAUUGGGCUGAUGAUUGA